AUGCGUAGCCAGAGCCGAUUGUUUUCUCCGUCCCCCAGCGACGACGAAGAGGAGCGCCAUGGUCCUCUAUCCCAGGCAAUUUUAGAGGCUCCCCUGCCAACCGGUCUAGAAAAACCUCCUCCGCUGGCCACCUACGACGGGACAACCGAUCCGGACGAACAUAUCGAGAACAUCGACGCCCUUCUCGAUUACAGAAGAGUUCCCGGUGCCAUUAAAUGCCGUUUGUUCCCGACCACCCUGCGCAAAGGAGCCAUGACCUGGUACAAAAGUUUGUCUGACGAGUCCAUCACAUCAUGGAAGGUGCUCGGAAAACUAUUCUCCAGACACUUCACGGCCUCUCGAAGACACCCCAAGUCAGAAGCCUCCAUGGAAGCCAUUAUCCAAGGGAAGGACGAGUCUCUACGGGCUUACAUAGAAAGAUUUAACAAAGAGGCCGUACAAGUAUCCACGACAGCCCAUAUGAAUAAAUUCCUGCUCGAACGAGGUCUCCGACCACGUUCGGACUUCACUAAAGCCGUCGGAAUCGAAACACCCGCUACCCUGGACGAAUUCUUUCUCAAAGCCCAAGCCUACAUAGAGUAUGAAGAGAAAGAAGCAGCCCACGCAGUCCGCAAUUCCAAGCACGAAGAGAGUAGUAAAAAUGCACGCCAAGAUGAGUCUCGCCGAGGAAUUGACAAAAAGAAAGAUGAUAAAACUCGGGACUCUAAGGACUACAAAACUCCCGCGGGAAAUUCCAAGAGUACACCCCGCUGA